UUUACAUUAUACUGGGAUCAGAUUCCUCAGACACCUGAGGUGUGACGAUGGCGACUCUGAGGAAACAAUACGCGGUCUCCAGAUAUGUGUACUCUGAGGAUAGCUUUGGUGAAGAUUAUGAGAAAGUCUACAGGGUGCGCAAAACCACCCUGGACCAUGUCAAAGAGUAUCUCACUUGUGAUUCAAAACGUGCCAAGAAUGCAGUGCUCUCUCUUCUGCCCAUCAUUGGCUGGAUGAGGAUCUACAGAGUUAGAGAGUGGCUGCUGGGUGAUGUGGUGUCUGGGAUCAGCACUGGAUUGAUAGCUAUCAUGCAAGGACUGGCUUUCUCUCUGCUGGCCUCGCUGCCUCCAAGCUACGGACUCUACACAGCUUUCUUCCCCAUGCUCACAUACUUCUUCCUUGGUACUUCAAGACACAUUUCUGUAGGCUCUUUCCCAGUCCUGAGCCUAAUGGUAGGCGCUGUGGUGACCCGUCUAGUCCCAGAUGAGGGACCACCAGCAAAUAUUACAGGCUUUGAGGGUCUGACCCAGGACCAGCAGAGAGUCCUUGUGGCCUCCUCUGUCACCUUUCUCAUGGGGAUUUUCCAGCUGGCCAUGGGUGUCCUGCAGGUGGGCUUCAUUGUUGUGUACCUGUCAGACACUCUGGUGUCCGGCUUCACCACAGCAGCUGCUGUCCACAUCCUGGUGUCCCAGCUCAAGUUUGUGUUGGGACUGACUGUUCCAGGCAUCAGCGGUCCACUCUCUAUCAUAUACACCCUGGAGAAGAUCUUUGUCCAGAUCACCUCUACCAACAUCUGUGACCUGGUUAUGUCCAUACUGAUCAUGGCGAUGGUGUUCAUCGUGAAGGAGCUGAAUGACAUAUACAAAGCCAAACUGCCAGUGCCCAUCCCCAUAGAGGUUAUCAUGACUGUCAUAGCCUGUGGGGUGUCCUAUGGCUUCAAUUUUGAGAAGAGAUACGAUGUUGAAAUUGUUGGCAAAAUGGUUAGCGGAUACGAGCCUCCUAUGGCACCCAAUGUGGAAGUCUUCCAGGAAAGUGCUGUGGAGGCCUUUCCUAUAGCUAUAGUGGGUUUUGCUGUGGCCUUCUCUGUGGCCAAAGUCUACUCUAUCAAACAUGAUUACACCAUUGAUGGGAACCAGGAGCUCAUUGCAUUUGGGAUUAGUAACAUAUUUGGCGCAAGCUUCAGGUCCUUUGCAGCGAGCACAGCACUCUCCAGAACAGCCGUGCAAGAGAGCUCAGGAGGCAAAACACAGAUUGCAGGGUUGAUCUCAGCCAUGAUGGCAAUGAUUGUAACUGUGGCACUUGGGUUCCUGCUAGAGCCUCUUCCCAGGUCUGUUCUGGGUGCCUUGGUGAUCGUCAACCUGAAGGGCAUGCUGAUGCAGUUCAGAGAAAUCCCGUACCUGUGGAGGAGGGACAAAACAGAAUGUUUGGUGUGGUUGGGAACAUGCCUGGGUGCCAUCCUGCUAGGCCUGGAUCUUGGUUUGGUGGUGGGCUUGGGGGUGGAGCUGCUCACUGUUGUCUUCAGGAGUCAAUUUCCCCGCUGUUCUGUCUUGGCUAACAUCAAUGGGACUGACCUCUACAGAGAUCGCAAAGAUUACCUGCAUAUAUUUGAACCAAAGGGAGUAAAAAUCUUCAGGAUCCCCUCCCCCAUCUUCUUUGCCAAUAUCGAGUUCUUCAGGGACAAGCUAGUAGAAGCUGUUGGAUUUAACCCCUUGAGAGUUUUGAGGAAGAGGAACAAGGCCCUCAGGAAAAUCAAGAAACAGCUGCAGCAGAAGGAUGAUGACAUUACAGAGAGAGGUUCGAGGGAUUUAGUUUGCCAAACAACUGAGGAGUCUUACAUGAACAUGGAGGAGUUGGAUCAGCCCACCGACCUCAAGGGCUUUCCCUUCCAGAUGGACUGGAACGCAGAACUUCCCUCUAACGUCGAUGUUCCCAGAGUGGACCUCCACAGCCUGAUCCUGGACUUCUCUGCUGUCUCCUUCCUGGACAUCUCUGCUAUGAAAGGACUCAAAAUGGCACUCAAAGAAUUCAUCCGCAUUGAUGUGGAUGUUUAUAUCGUGGCAUGUGAUGUCUACAUCGUGGAGAAACUACACAUGUGCAUGUUCUUCGAUGAUGAGAUUCUGACCUCCAUGUUCUUCCCAACCCUUCAUGACGCCAUGCUACAUGUGCUUGAAAAACACAAGGAUGACACAAAGAAUGGCUGGGUGUUAAGAGAUACCAGACUCUAGAAGAGCAGCUGUCUCCAGGAGCAUCCAUUAGAAAAGAAGAAUGUUCAUCUACAGACUACAAUGAAAUGAUGUUUACACUGUACCAUUUUAGUCAACUGUCCCACUAAUAGUUGCCACUAUGCAAUUUUCUGUAUAUUUAGUAAGGGAGUGUGCUGUUUUAGUAAAGGUGCACUGAAGGUGAUAAUUUCACUUGAUUUCAUUAUAGAUGAUUCAGUCUUUGCUGUCACAGGACUUGUUACAGUCUACUUUGGUUUUCUUUUUCAAACUGUGUCUGCAAUAACCUCACUGAAUAGUCUGCAAUGUUAGCUAAAAAUCAUGUACCUCUCUUUAACUUCAGGCACAUUCUCAUCAACAAUUCUCUACCUGCUCGUUACAUUGUCUGAUUUCUGUUUUAAAUGUACCUAUACAUCUGUUACUUUGAUUCAGUAAUUUCAUUUCUUGUUUAAAUGUGUCUGCCCACCUUU